CGCCAGCAGGGCUCGAGCUCCUCGCGCCCAGGGAGGCAUCCUCGGACCCCCGACGCCGCGCGCAUGCCCGGCCGGGCCAGAGCUGCCGCCGCGACGGCACCGCCCCGGGCGGCGCACUAAGAGAGGCGCGGCGCCACGGCCGCGCCGCGCGGCCAUGCCGCGCGGCACGAGCGCCGCGGCGGCGCUGCUCUCGCGGCCCGCGCCCGCUUGGGGUGGCGAGGCGGCGCACGAGUCGGAGGCGGUCUGCUGGGCCGCGCCGCGGGCACCGCGGGGCGGCCGGGGCCCGGCGGGCGCCUCGUGCUUCCUGGGCGAGGCCUCCGCGCGGGAAAGGCGUGCUGACGACAAGAGGGCGGCCCUGGAGUCCAGCUUGAAGAGCGGGAACCCUUUCAUGUGCUACCCGGACCCCGCGAUGGGGCCUGGGCCCAAGGGUGGCACGCCGUUCAGGUGCUUCUCCAUGGUGAUGCUGCAAAGCCCCGCGGGCCCCGCGAGCUGGAGCGAGAACGACCUGGAGCAGGCGGGAGGCGGCCUUGGGGCCACCAUUGGCGCGGCCGCAGCAGGCGAACCGCGGCACGUGGCGCUGCUGGGCUCCCCGCCACUGCCAAUGCACGACCGGGCGAGGCCCCGCGCGGGCGGGCCCCCGGGCGGCGCCGCCUUCCUGUGACAGCCCCCCCGCCUGGGCUGCGGGCGGCGGGCCUGUGCUGGUGCCGCUGGCGCGCUCUCCCUCCAGGAGAAGUGGUGCUGGCACCAGGGGAGCCACCCCCAGAGAGGGGGACUCAACGAUCAGAGUGUCCAGCGAGCGGGGUACAUGGCUCUUCGGUCUCCUCCUGAUACUCAUCCCGCGUUUUCAUCUUUCUCCUCAUUUCCCGACUGCGCCGCUCUUGGAAAGGAUGGAGGCCAAACCCCUGCGCUGCUGCAGCGGCAACACCUCUCCUCCCAGCCAUGGAGAAAGACGGUGUCCCUUUCUUCCUCCCAUCUCCCCCCAUAACAGGCGCCGACCCCGAUUGGUUGCCCCUCUCGCUUUACUGCAAACACCGCCUCUCGCCCCCCCGCGCUCCUUCUCUCUCCCGGGGAAGCAUCGGACAAGGUAUCCGACCCCCCAUGACCCACAUUGCGGUGGACACGGGAGCUCCCUAAGUCCGUAACGGGGCACCCCCUUCUUGCCGCACCAGUGUGACACGUUGGGCUGUAACUCGCGGCCACUGAAUUUCAGGCACCCUGAAGCCCCAUGGAGCACAAUUGGGGAGCAUCUUUCUUGGAUUGGGCGCCAACUCGCCCACUGCGGAUCCCAUCAAGAAUUCCUACUCGCCCAGCUUUCCGGAGCCCCCCAGGGCAGCACGACUGCUCAGACGAUGCAUCCCCGAGCUGGCGAUGGGCGACGCCCCGCACGGGACGCGGAGUCAGGGCGGCACCGCACGGCCUCGAGGGCCCUCCGCUGCUCCUCGCAGCGGGCGGUGGCGGUGCCGGUGCUCUCCUCGCUCCUGCGGGCUGCGGGGCGGCGCCGCGCGCGCGCUCCGCACCGCGGCCGCGCCCGGGAAAGAGGUCGUCCUCCUGCGGGGCCUCCUCGCGGGAGCCAGGUCGGCUGUACAGUCGACCCGCACAGUACGGCUGGG